AUGGUACUGGACAAGGCAGCCUUGUGGGGGACUUCACCCCAAGGUUCCAAUUUUUCUACCCUAGACUUCAACUUCAGAGCUAUUAUACCUUCUGUGGAAGUUGCAGCAGACGAAGACCCUCCUUCAUCAUCAAUACAAGGUGGACAAACGUCUUCUGCGUCUGACUCUGGAGACUCCAGUCACCGCGGUUACACUCCAAGCCAGAGCACGGCGACUCCUCGUUACCGUGAAAAUCUAAGCUUGGGUGUCGCAGAGCCUUUGCGGACGUUGAAUCUCCAAGAAACUCCUACAUCGCAUCGAACACCCUCGUGGAGGCAUGAUGCUCGGCGACAAAGUACUGGGUUGUCCCCAGGCAGAUCCACAUCCACGUACGGGCGCUUGUUCAAUGCUACGCCGGAGCCCUCGCCAGAGCCGUCACGCGUGCAGUCUACCUUGAAUCGCGAUUCAACCGUUGAUGGUUUAGCCAGCGAUUUAGAGGAUUCUCAUUUGAACGAUGAUGGGCCUCUGAGCGAUGAUAGUGACCAAUUGAGUGAGAUCGAAAACGAGGACGACGCAACUGACAGUGACGGCUCUUCCUUGUACAAUGUGCGACGCGAGCGCUUACCUCGUGCACCUAUAUACAAUGCCGACUUACAGGAAAUCCUCCGAGGCAUCAAGAGUCAAUUGUCAGCCCUCCAAAAUUAUAUAGACCGAUCCCCAUUGUCUCGUGACCGUGAUUCGGAUCUCUUCCAACUGCGCGAGAAGGUGCGCAUGUUGAACGAACUCGAAUGUCCCGAGACGCGCACGGUGGGGUUCAUCGGCAACUCCGGAGUCGGCAAGAGUAGACUGAUAAACUCGCUCCUAGAUCAAGAAGGCCUCGCCCGUUCAAGUGGUGAUGGUGCCGCAUGUACCUCGGUAGUUACUGAGUUCCGACACACGGAUGCGCGCCACCCAGAUCGCUACACCAUUGAAGUUGACUACAUGGAUGAAGAAGAAGUGAAAGAGUUGCUAGAGGAGCUCGUUCAGAGCUUCAGGAUGUACUACACCGAUCUCUACCGCGAAGUGACUAGUAUAGAAGAGCAGGAGAGAAUCCGUGACCGGUCAACCAGAGCAUGGAGCACAUUGAACUCACUUUUUAGAGAUCAACCGGAGCUCACACACGAGUUUCUUUCCGACCAGACUGACGAUGCAUUAUCUAGAAUAUUGGAGCAGCUUGGAGAUUGGGCAGCUCAGUCAUGUACGCGCCGCCCUGGGGGUGCAGCGCUUCAGCACACCAUUAUUCCGAGUAAUGUCCAAGAAUGUAGAUCGCAGCUUGAUAUGCUUACAAUGGAUCCACGCGAUGAGAGUGAGGUUGCCAUCUGGCCCUUCAUUAAACUGAUCAGGGAAAAUCAGGAAGACGCAAAGCUUGAGCUUGACCGGUUCUUGGUUGAGGGCCGGAGUCUGAGGGUCACAAAUCAGUUACUUCGAAACCACGGUGCUGAAGUCCGGGUCUUUUGCAUCAGUAACGAGUGGUAUUCCCAGUACCGCCAGGAUGCAAACAGACACGCCGACACUUAUAUCGGGCUCAGCGGUAUCCGAGAACUUCGUCGUUAUUGUCAACUGGUCCCGGCAGACGCUCAGUUUCGUUUUACAGCUGCGUUUAUAAAGCAUCGCGUUCCGGCUGUUGUGAGAUCCGUGAGGCAAUGGGUUCUUGCUGGCUCAGAUGAUGUAACUGUAGAACGAGCCGUUGCACUUCGGCAAGUAUUACGGGAUGUGGAGAACGUCUUUCGCGAGCGGCUUAUCCUUCGAAAUUCAGAAGUUCGAGGCUUUCCAAGAAGACUUGAAGAUCGGUUUCACGAUGACAUUCUCAGCGUGUCAUAUGAGCGCUUCCCCAUAUGGAAACGCUGCGCAUUACAAACUAGCAGGACCUGGGAAUGCUGGCAUCAUAUGACCUACUCCGCUUUCUGUCGAAAUUAUGGAACGCAUUCUACCAAGGCUGCUAACUAUCGUUGUUGGAAUGAGGAAUUGCUGGAAGGCAUGCGAUUUUACCUCAAAGAGCGCUGGGAAUCCAUACAAGGGUGGGUUUCUAUUCAGAAACUUACAUUAGGAGAGGCUGUGAGAAGGGCAUUUGAGGAGAACAAAGCCCAAAUAGAGGAUAUAAUGCAUCUAGCUCCCCUGGCUCUGGAAAACUUCAUCGACAACAUGGACGACUGGGAGAACUCCGUGAUCGCGGCUAUUAACCAGUCUCUAAAUCAAUUACUUCAAGAACUAAGCCACCUCACGAACUCGAACCUUUUCCCAAAUCUCACCAAUAUCAGCGAAGCCCAAUUCCGAGCUAGUGUCAGAGAAAUUUGCCAGGAAAUGAGGCGCAUGGUAGGUGAGCAGGUAGGCAAUAUAUGUGAUGAUCUCCACAGUAUCAUUGCGGAAGAGGGUGAGGUUACUGAGGCAAGGAGGUUUCCUGAAAUGGCGAGAACGCUGCAGCUUAAGGUUGAUACAGCUCAGGCGACCCUCGAGCGUGCACAGAGGAUUGUGGACGAGUUGGAGAACGCACCAGAAUAA